GUCAAAUUCCUAGAAGAACCAGUGAGAGUGAGCACGUGGGUCCAAUAGCGAACCGCAGCAAGCAAAGAUGACCUCCAAUGAGUCCCAUGUGGGCAUCCGCCCAUCUAGAGGCGUGAAAUGCGUUGGCAGUCUCGGCCUAGGUUGCUCUUCUUCUACUUUGGGUCUACCACCGUUUCUCAUGCCUCGACGUACCUCAUCCCCGGGAUGAAUUCGCAAUUAUACCGGCCGAAGUAGCACCAUUCGGGUACAAAGGCCAGGGCUUCUAGCUCUGGCGACCUACUUAUAAAUGGGGGACUCCGGUAUCGCGACAUGGCUCAAGAGGCUCACUGAGCGGGAUGCAUUUAAAUACCAGGCUCUCUACGGCCGGGCCGAGGUGCCUCGCCCGACCGAGGGUCGCGGCCAGUACGGUGAUCGCAGGAGGAGAGUCCUCAAAUUCACCAUGGCAGGCAUCUCUCUCGGCCUCUUCCUCUCUCUAGCAUUUGCCUUUAUAAGAGUGUCAGCGUCGUCCCGCAUAGCUGCGGUCUGUGAUACCCCUGAGAAGGGGUUUCAAUGCCAGGCGUCUAUCUCACACUCGUGGGGACAAUAUUCGCCGUUCUUUUCGGUCCCGUCCGAGAUUGAUGCCGCGGUUCCACUGGAUUGUGAUCUCACUUUCGCUCAGAUCUUGUCCCGACAUGGCGCCAGAGAUCCCACAGCUGGGAAGACGGCCAUCUACAACGACACGGUUGGUCGUAUCCACGAGCUGGUCACCGCAUACGGUCCGGGGUUCGAGUUCAUCAAGGACUACGAAUACACGCUGGGCUCAGAUCAGUUGACAGUGUUCGGCCAGCAACAGCUCAUCAACUCCGGAAUCAAAUUCUACACAAGGUACCGGUCCCUCGCCAGCAAAUCCGUGCCCUUCAUCAGGGCGUCCGGGCAGGACAGAGUCGUAGGAUCGGCCUUAAACUGGACCCAAGGGUUUCACUUGUCGAGACUCGCAGAUAACGUGUCGGACGUCUUCCCGUAUGAACUGGUCAUCAUUCCUGAAGGGGAGGGCUUAAACAACACUCUCGAUCACGGCCUCUGCACCGAGUUCGAAGAAGGCGCAUACUCUAGUAUCGGAUACGACGCCCAGAGCGCCUGGCUCAAAAACUGGGCACCGCCGCUGACGGCCAAGCUGAACAAGAACCUUCCAGGGGCCAACUUGACGGACCAAGACACCGUCUACCUGAUGGACCUCUGCCCGUUCAACACCGUCGCGUCGCCAAUCGGCACCCUCUCACCGUUCUGCGCGCUCUUCACCGAGGCCGAGUGGCAGGACUACUCAUACCACCAAUCUGUCGGCAAGUGGUACGGUUACGGGCCGGGCAACCCCCUCGGGCCCACCCAGGGCGUCGGAUACGCCAAUGAGCUGGUGGCGCGGCUGACGGGCCGGCCUGUGCGCGACCGCACGAGCACCAACUCGACGCUCGACAGCGACCCGGCCACGUUCCCGCUGGGGCGCGCGCUCUACGCCGACUUCAGCCACGACAACGACAUGACGGCCUUCCUCGGCGCGCUGGGCCUGUACAAUGCCACGGCGCCGCUGCCGACGACGGGGCCGCGCCCCGACCCGGCCGCGGCGGGGGGUUACGCGGCGGCAUGGACGGUGCCGUUCGCGGCACGCGUGUACGUCGAGAAGAUGGUCUGCGGCGGCGACGGCGAGGAGCUGGUGCGGGUCCUGGUGAAUGACCGCGUCGUGCCGCUACUGGGCUGCGGCGCUGAUGAGCUGGGCAGGUGUGCGUUAGGCGAGUUCAUUGAGAGCUUGGGCUUUGCGAGGGGUGGUGGCCAUUGGGAUAUGUGCUUUGCGUGAUACCCGGGGUCCCGGGGGAUUGCCCAACUUGAUUGUUGAAAUUGAGGGGAGAGCUUGUUUGAUAUUCGCAAGUUUAAACAAUGGAUACGUAGGUAUGGUUCUAGGAGCUGAGCACACGCCGCUGAGGCUAAAGAAACGGAUUUCCUAAAGCGAGAUAUAAAUAAGACCCUGUCCGGACAUGCAGGCACCUAGGUACCUUGGAGGUGGGAUGGAAGUUAUUUAGACGGGCCCUAUUAGACCAGAGGGCCCAACGAUCUUCUCCCGGAGGUCUCUUGGAUUAUUUAUAUCUAAGAAACAGCCUGAAUGGGAUCAGUGCCAGCCAUGCUCUCGAGUAUUCACCAUGUUUUGUUGGUG